AGCUCUCUUCUCCAACAACCUUUCUCAAGCAAUUUACACUUCAGCCCACUCUGCUGCAACAGCAAAUUCCUCCCCGUCCCCUCAACCCAACUCGCCGGCUGCUACAAAAUGGUUUCUCUCAAACUCACUGGUCUCGCCAUGCUGGCCUUCCAGCUCAUGGGCGCCUUUGCCCAAGCUGAGGGCACAGCCGAGCCCCAGACGCCCGCAGAGCCGCAGCUCAAGCUCGACGUCGCCACCACGUUCCCUGACGCCGACAUCUUUGGCGUCAAGCUCGUCAACGGUCGCCCGACCAAGGCCGUUGUUGACCUGACCAACAACGAGGCCGACCCCGUGCGCUUGGCCCUCGUCACCGGCGCCUUGACCAACCCCGAUGGCCUGGCCGAGGGCGCGCCCGUCAGCGACGCCAUAAUCCGCAACCUGACGGCCGUCAAGUACGACGUCGAGAUCCCGGCCGGCGAGAAGCGCUCAGUCACGUACAGCUUCGCCCUCGACAUGCAGCCCCGCGACGUCGUCGUCGAGCUGCUCGCCAUCGUCAUCAACGCUAAGGGCCAGACCUUCCAGGUCCCCGCCCACGCGGACAAGGCUAGCGUCGUCGAGCCCCCCACCAGCUUCUUUGACCCCCAGAUCAUCUUCCUGUACCUCGUCCUGAGCGCCGCCUUUGCCGGUACCCUCUACUUUGUCUACAAGACCUGGAUCGAGGCCCUGUUCCCCCAGGCCAAGCGCCCCAGGGCCCAGCAGCCCAAGAAGGUCGUCAAGGUCGAGGCCGCCGAGCCCCUCUCCGGCAACGAGUCCGCCGGCGCUGCCAGCGGUGCCGACUUUGACGCCAAAUGGAUCCCUGACCACCACAUCAACCGCCCUGUUGCCAAGCGCGUCAAGUCGAGCGCCAGCGCCAAGGCCAAGAAGGGCGAAUAAAUAUGCUCUUUUCUUUUGAGAAAAACAGACUUUUUUUUUCUCCGCUUCUUUUCUGCUGUCCAAUCUCCAUGGGCUAUGUCUGGUGAUAGAUGACUGAGUUGCUGGGGUUUGGGACGGCCAGCUCAUGUUGGAUUAAAAUGGGAAACCUGGGAUGAGAAAAGCAAUCACGUUAUGCGACGAUGCUCUCCAUGCUGGCUAUGUGGCCAUUCACAUAGAAAUCAUCGUCGAUAUGUAUUAUACAAUUUUACCCAAAAGAUUUCGGGGCACGCUGGACGCCUCCGCCCAGAGUAAAUGCGAAAACAUCGGAGCCAG